GCUGGGAUUUUCGAUUUCGAUUAAAUUUUUUAAAGUUUCAAGUUUCUUGGCCAAGAUGUCAUCAUUGGCUCCUUGCUUCACUGUGGGCUCAAUAGUGCGCUGCAAGACUUGUUUUGGCGACAACGUUUCGGGCGAGGUUGUGGCCUUCGAUCUGGGCGCGAAAAUGCUGAUAAUGAAGUGUCCAUCGAGCAAUGGCGGUGGCGACGAACAGACCACUUGCAAUGUGACCAUUGUGAAUCUAUCCCUGUGCAUGGACAUUGAAAUAGUGAAGGAAACAAUGCCGCCGGCUGAAGUUCAGCAGCCAGAACCGAUUGAUAUACCCAUGAUCCGAGAACGAUACCGAUACGCAACCGAACAUCGUACACUCUCCUGCCGGAGCUAUCAUCCCAAUGUCUCGCCCUUCGGACAAGCUUUGUUCAGGGUGUUGGUCAAGCGUUUCGGCGAUUCCGCAAUCAACUGGCAGGACCAAGGCGACCAAGUGGCGAUCAAUAUACUCCAUCAGGUGGCCAUCCAUGCGCCUUAUGGCACGGAGAAUAUUCGGUACCAGAGCUGGAAUCCCAAGCUAGCGAUAUACGUCCGAGGGGUCGUUCAAAGCUUUUGCAGUAAACAAUUCUAGAAGGACGGCCGUGCCCAUGGCAACAGUUGUCUAGAUAGCAUCCAAUUCUCUGUACGUUUUGUUUAUCAACAAAACAAUUCAAAA